UACGCCCUGGUGUUGUCAACAGCCAUGCUAACAAGCUCAAAAUCGGGGCCAAAAUGAUUCCCAAAGAAGUAGACCUUUUGCGGCAACAACUAACACGUCGACAGUCUACGUUCGAGAUGCCGUUCAGCUAGCCGGCUGAAUCAGAACAAUUCGGUACCGUCCCCUGUUGUAUCACUGUCCGGCCGUCCGUCGAAGGACAAAAUGUCCCAACUGAGUGUUCGUCACUGGGCGCCCAAACAUGUGGCCAAGUGGCUGAGGGAAGAGGGCUUUUGUGAUUAUGUGGACCUGCUGUGCAACAAGCACCGACUGGACGGCACCAGUCUGCUCGCCCUCAGUGAAUACGACCUCCGCUCGCCACCUUUGGAGCUGAAGGUGCUGGGAGACAUCAAGCGGCUGAUGGUGUCCAUCCGCAAACUGCAGAAGCAGAAUGUGGACGUGCUGGAGGAGCUGGGUCUCCCCUUUGAUGGCCAUUCCCCCACAGGAUCGGGGAGCAGCGUGGACUGGCUGUGUAACGGAGAUCAGGGUAGAGACUGCGACAGCACGGACACGGCGCCAGUGGGAGAGGAGUACCACCAGUACACUAACGGAAAGUACAAGCAGCAGACAAGGCGUCUGGAUCCAGAAUACUGGAAGACUGUGCUAAGCUCUGUCUACGUGGUCUUUGUAUUCGGUUUCACGUCCUUCGUCAUGGUUAUUGUGCAUGAGAGGGUGCCUGACAUGCGCACAUACCCACCACUGCCUGAUAUUUUCUUAGACAGCGUGCCAAGAAUUCCAUGGGCCUUUGCCAUGGCUGAGACGUGUGGAGUGAUUCUCUGUAACAUCUGGCUGCUGGUCCUGCUGCUGCAUAAACAUAGAUCCAUCCUGUUGCGGCGGAUGUGCAGCCUCAUGGGGACGGUGUUCAUGCUGCGCUGCAUCACCAUGUUUGUCACCUCCCUGUCUGUGCCAGGGCAGCACCUGCAGUGCUCAGGAAAGAUAUACGGUGACGUUUGGGCCAAACUGCAUCGAGCCGUGGCCAUCUGGAGUGGUUUUGGGAUGAGCUUGACUGGAGUGCACACAUGUGGCGAUUACAUGUUCAGCGGUCACACCGUGGUCCUCACCAUGCUGAACUUCUUCGUCACAGAGUAUACUCCACGGAGUUGGAAUUUUAUUCACACCCUGUCCUGGGUCCUUAACCUCUUUGGCAUCUUUUUCAUCCUGGCCGCACAUGAACACUAUUCCAUUGACGUCUUCAUCGCCUUCUACAUCACUACCAGACUGUUCCUGUAUUACCACACUCUAGCUAACACACGGGCCUACCAGCAGAGUCGCCGAGCCCGCAUCUGGUUUCCCAUGUUCUCUUUCUUUGAAUGCAAUGUCAAUGGACCCGUCCCCAACGAAUACUGCUGGCCCUUCUCUCGACCCACUGUGAUGAAGAGGCUUAUCGGAUAAAAGAUAGGAACAGCAGUGCUGUCUGAAACUACUUGACCUGUGCUUUUGUGUUUGCUCUGACAAGUUGCCAACAGCGUAGCAGUGUGAGAUUUUCCCUCAACUGUACGCCCGACUGAUCCUGUCAGCACUGAGGCCUGAUGGGAUACACAGCCAUUGCCUUCUUAUAAUCUGGGAUUUAUCCUCAAACAUGUUUCACCUGUCACCAUUUUCAGGAGGAUUAAACUCAAUUCACAUUUUUUUUUUUUGAAAGCCAUGUUGACACUGAACUUUAUUUAAAAACUAAAAAGGAGAUUUUAUUGUUUUCUUUUCACAAAAAGGGAUUUAUUGGAAUAUAUGUAGUGUGAUUUUUUUUGUUUUCUUGCUCUACAACUAACACAUUGUUUUUUCAUUAGCACACAGUAACACAGAGAUGCAUGUAAAAUAGGUGUUCUCCGACAUCAGGUUAUCUAUUUCAACCCCACACACACUUUUUCUUUUUCCAUUUAGACAUCUAACCAUUUCAGGGUUCAGACCAAAUAAUCAUAAUUUUGCAAUUUAUUAAAUCAAAAAUUUGUGGACCAGUGUCAAAGCAAUAUUUGGAGCGUUACUUACCAAUACAACAUUUUAUUCUGUACAGCAUUUUUCAUAAUUGAAAAAAAAAACAAACAUGUUUUGAAUGUCUGAAGUGCAGUCCGUUAAUAUAAACUUUUUGGGUUUAUUGUUUACAUACUUCAGUUUUUCUUUUAAUAUAAAAUCAUUACCAAUGCAUUCAAACAGAUUAUUUUUGGCCAAAUGAUGGAAUGUGUUUCCAGCUGUCUUAAAUUGAAUUCUCUUUGCCAACAUUCUUGACUGUAGUGAUAGUUUUCUGUGUAUGUGUAUUGUUGGGUAUUUGUAUAGUGCUUUUUUAAUUGUCCUACGAUGUAAAUGACCUGCAUAUAAUUUGAUCUUUCCAAAUGUUGAUAUUUGGACAUGGCUCUAUUGUAGAGGUUCUUAAAAGGAUCAUCAUCAUCAUUUGAAGAUGUUUGUUUCUAUUAAUUUAUUCAUUUUGUAAAUGUUGAUAAGUAUUUUUAUAUUACAUAACCAGUUGCAGCAACAUGCACAAGCAGAAUUGUUUACAGUUGUUCUUAAGUAUGUAUUUGUUUGAGACACAUUGUGCUAUUUAAGUGAGACGCUCAUUUUAGGUGGGUCUCUACAUUUCAUUGAUUUGCCUCUGCAGUAGGAGAUGAUGUUGUUAUUGUCCUUGGAACUGGAGGGGUGUAAAGGACAUGAAUGUUCUAAAUAAAACUGACCUUUGCUGUGCAAGACUGAUUUUAUGUGUGCACAUUCUACUGCAAAGCCACAUGACUUGUUUAUUGUCUCGUUCAAUAAUUAAAGUGCUAAAACAAAAA